AUGAAUAGCACAGAAGAAGCUAGUUUCCACAAUUCUGUGAAUAUAUAUUUUCCAGAAAAUAUAAAAAUACCUGAUAAUGUAUCCAAAUGUUUUUUGUAUGGAUUUUCGAAUAACAACACUUAUGCUACCAUUUAUGUUACUUCCAAAUAUAUUAAACAAAUAGAAUUAGAAAAAAAUCAUGACCAGAAGAAAUAUUGGGAAACGUUUCGAAUACUGGGCGAAUUAGUGUUUGCAAAAAAUUAUGACGAUAUAGAAAAAUAUACAAACUCAAAAGACAAGAAAGAUAAAAUAAAUUAUAUAUAUAGUAUUUAUUAUAAAAAUAAACCAAUUGUUGUAAAAAUUAAUACAGAAAAUGACAAAAAAACUAGCGCCUUAUUUAUUUUAUAUAAUACAAACAAAUAUAUUUAUAACUAUGAUGCUGACCAUGUAAACAGUUUAAUUUCAGAUGCAUAUAAAAUAAAACUCGUAUAUACAUAUUAUAACAACGAUGAUAAUAUAGAUAUAAAUUGUCAUAAAAAAAAUGAAUUAAAUAUAAAUCCUGAAAAAAGCAGUGUCAUAUUAAAUAAUUCAAAUUUAGAUAAUAUAAAAAUAAAGGACGUAAGCACUGUUAAUGAGAAAUUAUGUCAGUAUAUGCAUACUACACCAUAUAGUGAUAGUAAACAAUAUUAUGAAAAUAAAAUAGAAAAUAAAGGAACAGAAAAAGGAAAAAAAAAAAGUUAUGAUUUAUUGAAAAACAAUAUAUGUGAGCAUUUACUUAUAAGGGAUGUAAUCAAAUUAAUAAAUACAAGAUAUGUUUAUAUUGAAGAAAUGGAAAAAUUUGAUGAUAAAAAUAGUGGAAAUGAAACAUGUAGCAAAGAUGAUAAAAACUAUUUCUUAAAAAAAGACAAUGAAAAAAUCAAAAAAAAUAUACUAACUCAAAGGUUUAUUCAUAUAACUUAUAUAUGGCUUUUUUUUAUGUACAUAAUUUCAGUUAUAAAUAAGACAAUAUACUAUUUACUUUGUAUACCAUACAUUUUUAACGAAAAUUUUGAUUCAAAAAAUAAAUUAACGAUUUUAAAAUUAAUAAAAGAAAAAUGUUUGUUAAAUUCUGAAUGGUAUAAAAUAUUUUUGCAAAUAAUUGAUAAUAAAAAAAAAAAAAAAUUUUACAAAUAUUAUAAAUAUAAACAAAUAUUAUUAAUCCGAAUAUUUAGUUUAUUAUUAGAUAUAUUGGGGGGGAUAAUUUUAUUUUAUAUGAUAUCAAUUCAAAUACUUAAUUUAGGUUUUAUUUAUGACAAAAUAAAAAUAGUAUUUGAAACGAGCACUUUAACAUCAAUAUUAGGUACAUUAUUGCAAAAACCAUUCGGAAUAAAAUUAAACAAUAAUUUUACAUCUUUUAUUGGAAGUGUCAUUAUAUCGAUUUUAGACAAAUGGGAGUUUUUUAAAAAUUUAAUUCCAUUUAAAAGGAAUUCGAUAAUCCGUUUUUUCAGCAUAUCCAGUUUAUUGGGAUUAUCUAUUUUUCUUUCCCUUACUAUUGAUUACUUUAGAUUUAUAACUGUACAUGUAACAAUGAUAUUUUUUUUUUUAAAAAAAAUAUUUUCCAUAUUCCAUAGUACUAUGUAUUCUUUGUAUUUACUAUUCAAUGGAAAAAAAUGGAAUAUUCUAAAAUCAAGAGUAGACACAAAUUAUUAUACUAACAAAGAAGUUAUACUUGGCACAAUGCUAUUUGCUAUUUUAAUAUUCCUUUUUCCGACUGUGGUCAUUUUGCUAUUUGUUUUUGGAAUUGUAUACUUUGUGAUUAAAGGAUUUAUAUAUUUUUUGAUAAUUUUAAGGGAAAUUAUUUUAUAUUCUCCGAUUUAUAUUUUCUUAUUAAAAAGCGAAAACAAAUAUAUUAGCAAGGGAAUAAAAAUGAGACAAUGCCAAUAUACAAAAGCAAACGAAUUAAAUGACUUCCCUCAAUCAUAUUACCUACUUUUAGAAAAUGAUAAAUUUUUAUUUUUAGACAAAAUAAAAUUAUUUCUCGCCAUUUUUUUUAAUUAUCAAAAUUUCAAAUAA